AUGAAGGUCUGUGGUUUCUUGAGCGUGCUUGUCCUUGGGUCCGUAUGUUAUGCGGAUGGGUUCGAACGAAGACCACUUUCGUAUGCGCCAAAACCCGAUGGCACAUAUGCACCCCCAAAGGCCUCAGGGGUUACAACUCUCUUAGACUUCGUCAACUCCAGGAGCGACUUAACGGAACUAGCCAAGGUCUUAAGCGGAUCCGCUGGUUUCGUAGAAGCCUUCGAUACAACUCCUACAUGGGAUUUCACCUUCUUCGCCCCAUCGAACGAAGCCUUCUCCAAACACACCGGUCAGUAUUUCAACACCUUCACGCCAACGCCCAAGGGAAAGUGGUGGCUGGGCAACCUGAUGCAGCACCAUUACGUCCCUAACACGCGCCUGAACACGACCGUCUUCAACGAAACAACCACGCGGAUCCAGACGGGAUCAUAUCUGUACGUCGGAACACAGGCCAAGGGCGGCAAGAUAUGGCUCAAUGACGUGGCGACUAUAACUGAAGGAAACCUAGAAGUUACCAAGGGUGUCGUUCACAUCAUCGACCACAUAUUGGACCCUUCGGCCCAGCUUUUCGAGGCCGACAGGCCGAAGGCAGGCCAGAAAUUCAUCGCUGGAAGUUGCUCUGAUACUUCCUUGCCUUAUUGUUAG